AAUUGCAUCCGAAUUAGUCACUUUCGCCGGCUGUUAUGGACUAUACACGUGAAAUUUUGACCUUCCAGUUCGGAACGUACGCGAAUUACGUGGGCACACACUUCUGGAACCAGCAGGAGGCCAACUUUAGGUACGGAGACGAAAGCGAACAGGUGGCCGAGGAGCAGCUGCCCAACAAUGAUAUUUUGUACCGUGAAGGGCGCAACGACCUCAAUCGUACCACCUACACGCCCCGCCUGCUGUCCGUGGAUUUGUCCGGGACCCUGGGACAUCUGCCGGUGACCGGCGAGCUGUACGGCAAUUUUGUGCAGCGUGAUGAGGAGUUGCUGCCCCUGAGCACCGGAGAGGAAUUGGAACAGGUUCGCAAGCGGGCAGAGGAGAGCGGCGUAUGCUCACCGGAGCAGCUGGAAGUGCAGGAGCAGUCGAAGGCCUCCAUUUCCGAAUAUCAGCGGGAUCUGCUCAAGAAUGCUGUGGUGCCCGAGAAGAACUAUCAGCUGGCAGCGACGGCAAACAGUUGGGUGGACUUCCUUUACGCCAGGUAUCACCCGAGAACCUUGAAUGUCUUGCCGGGGCUGAUCCGAGAUCCGACUGCCCAAGCCCUGGGUACCUACUCUGCCGGAACAGAAAUGUGGCAGGAAGUCUCCUUCAACGAGGAGUUCUGCGAUCGUAUCCGUUUGUAUGUAGAGGAGUGCGAUGGCCUGCAGGGCUUCCACGUGCUGUUCGACAUUGACGAUGGCUUCGGCGGACUGGCUGGGAAGUGCCUGGAGCACCUCAACGAUGAGUACAGCCGGGCGAGUUUCGCGCUGCCACUUCACUAUCCCAGGAUCACUAGUUAUCCCCAAGCGGAUACCCGCCUGUCGCACAGCAUUCGGGUGGUAAACAAUGUGUUGGGCUACCACCAACUCAGCGAGCAGGCUUUGAUGUUCACGCCGCUAUCCACGCUGGAGACCAUCUGGCGAAACAAUAAUCUGAAGUCGCGCAGUCUGCCGGGACUCCAGUGGGAGACGGAUAACCUCUACCAGACAUCAGCGCUGCUGGCCGCCUUUUUCGACACGGCCACCUUGAGUUACCGCCUGCGGCAAACGCCAGAAUCUUUGCUACGCUUUUGCGAAUGCGUCACUCCAGCGGGCAGAAAGAUGACCGCCGCUGGAUUGGCUCUGCCAUUUGGGCUGAGGGAGGGUCAGGAUCUGAUAGAGUUUCUAGACCAGAGUGGCGACCACGCGCUGCUCACACAACUCACACCGGGCUGUGAGCCUGGCACAUCCUACGUGGUGCAAUCAGUGACGGCUCGUGGCAUUCCCGCGGAACGUUUGAAACGGCCCAGGGAGCUGGCCGGCGAUCAACUUCGGAUGGCUGCCUAUAGCUGCGAUAGUAUAUCCCAUAUGCUGCAGCUAUACUACCAGUGCACCUAUCAUGGAAGUGUUACAAAUGCGGCAGCCACACCACUGCCACUAAAGACACAGCUACCUUUUCCUUAUGAAAUGUUUGCAGCCGGUAUAUCACGCGAUGGCUACCGCUUGCCUGAGGGGGCGGAACGCGAGACGGGUAGUCGUGUGGAUUCGGCACCCAUGCUGGCCGCCGUACAGAACUCCACCAAGCUGGGCGAGCAUCUGGACAAUGUGCACGCCCAAUCGCAUCGAGUGCAGCUGGCCAAGUUGCAAGCGUACUCUAAUUCUGGAUUGGAGCGGGAUGAGUACGAUACGGCGCUGGAUCAGCUGCUUGAGUUCCGCGACCUUUACGCAGACUCGCAGUAUCUAUAGGAUGCUGUGGUUUUGGAAACUAAGAUUUUGUGAUAAGCCUAGGAUUAUGUACACAAAAAACACUCGUAUACAGUCGAAUUCAAGAUGAAUAUGUCAUUUUAUAUUGCCUCCGAAUUAUAUUUUCGUUUAGUUCAAACGACAUAAUUUGAUUAGUUCUUGUGCAUUUAUUUCUGUUAAAUUGUAAUUCCCUUAGAAUUCCUAUAUCUCUUUUAUUUUUACGACUCUCGUGAAGAUUGUUGUAACCAAACUCAACCUAUCGAUGCAUAUAUUAUUUGCUUAGCUUAAAAUGUUCUCGAAACCAUUGUUACGGCCUGUAUGUAUAAGCUUAAUGUGCCAUGCUCCUUGUCCUCUAAGGUGUCAGGUUGGUUAGCUUUACCCGGAGCGGAAGUUGAUGGGCUGUGGCCCCACCCGCGGCACUUUGUGAUUGGCAGUCUCGGAAGCGGCUUUGAUAUUUUCGCGUUUCCAGGAAAGCGAGGAAAGUAAAAAACAAAACAAAACAAAACAAAAACAAUGUUGUCUGGGCAGAGAAUUUUGAGAGUCGUCAAUGAAGUUUCUAAUAACGCAGAAUGGUCGAAAUGGCCAAUUUGAUAAGUAUUUAAAAAAAAUGUUUAAUUCUGAGCGGUAAAACGUUUGUGACUACAAGGUCUAUAAUUACAUCGAUUUAUAUCUUUAGUUUCUCAGCU